CUUACCAGGUGCAUGCAUCAACUGGACGGCUGUUGUUAGUCACCUCUGUGACAACGUUACAAAACUGUAUAAAUCAACAGGUAGGCUACACUCAUAGAGGUUUAGUUAAUUCGCUUCAAUCGGUUCACCUGUCCCCUCAGGAAGGAGGAAGACGAACACUGCGGCUCAUGGCUCUGAUUUUAGUCGCAUGCAUUGUGGCAUUCUCCGGGAACACUUUACUGGCAGACGCUCAGACGUGUGUCGAUGGGAGCGUGUUUAAGGAGCAGGUGCUCUAUGUGGGGCAGCAGGAGCCCCCAUACCGGCUGACCUGCCCUCUGGAGCCCCAGAGCCCCCCCCUGCCCCACCUGACCUGGCAGAAAGACUGCCAGCCGCGGCCCUCCAUGGAAGGGAAGGCCUACCUGGAGUUUGCCAACUUCAGCUUGGCAGACCAGGGGAAUUACACCUGUAUGCAGCAGGGCAACAGCUCAUCCUCAUUCACUACGCACCUCAUAGUUAAGGAGUCACGGUGCUCCAAAGACCCAGAAUUUAAGCGAAAUGAAGACAGACACCGUGGAAAUAUAGGAUCCACUGUGACACUGAACUGCACGGCUCUUCUCUUCUGGGAUCCCACGGAGGAGCACUGUGACACCACGCUGCAGUGGAGUAAAGAUCACUUUCCCCUCCCCAAUCACAUACAUUACGCGCUGAAUGCCUCCUCAUGGUCUCCUGCAGCCGGCCAGCUGAUGGUAACCAGUCUGCUGGAGAUCAACCUGAAGGAGCAGGAUGAUUUCGGGCUGUACAUCUGCACAGUGAGGAACUAUUCCUCUCUAUUCAGAGUUUCAGAAGAGUGGAUUUCAUGCGGUGGACCCCACGGCCCCAACCACAUAUUUUCUGUUUUGGCAGCCAUCGUCCUCCUCCUGCUCCUGGCUGUCGCUGCUGUUGUGUAUUCCAGGUGUCACUUGAACAUCAAAAUCUGGUACAAGAAUUCCUACGGAGACUAUGAACUCAGUGAUGGCAAAUUAUUUGAUGCUUACAUCUCCUAUGUGAACAAUGACCACGACAGGAAGUUUGUCAACUUCAUUCUUAAACCUCACCUGGAGAAAAGAAAUGUGUACAAAGUGCACAUCAAUGACAACGCUAUCUUACCUGGCUCAGAACCGUCUGCAGAGCUGCUGAUGAACUUGAGUCGCUCUCGGCGUCUGAUCGUGUUGCUCUCUCAUGCUUACCUCGAGCAGGACUGGUGCUGCAAUAACUUCAGACAGGGUCUUCUGCACCUGUUGGAGUUGUGUCCGCAGCCCAUCCUCAUCCUGUUGGAGGGUCAGUCCAAACGCAUGAGGCCUGAGAUCAAGCAGCUGCUCAAUGAUCACCAGCACUGCCUCACCGUCCUCACCUGGAAGCACAACUCUGUGACUCCUUCCUCCGUCUUCUGGAAGGAGCUGGCCUUAGCGAUGCCUCGUAGAGUCGUCUUCCGCAGCUCGUCUGCCUGCGAACCGCAGACUUUGCUACACAAUGACAAGGACCCCAUGCUGACCCUCGACUCCAACUACCGAGACUCCAAUUCAGACACUGACCCUGCCGGAGAUCUGGGCCUUCGCCCCCCCCUAUACAAGGCUCUGGCCUCUAAAGCUCCCGUCCUGCUCGUCGCUCACAUCCCGUCCGCCGAGCCCAGACCCAUGGACAUCGACGUGUCGGACCUGGGAUCACGCAACUAUGGAGCGCGCUCAGACUUCUACUGCCUGGUCACUGAAGAUGACAUCUGAUCGAAACCCCCCCACUGAUCUCUUAAAAACGACUCUUCUGAUGCAUUGCUUUAUUGUUACCUAAGUCAAUAUGGGAAAUAUGUGUGUCUUUUACAGUGUUGUGUUAAAUCAAAUGGUUAACUUCUUUUACCUUGUUUUUUCUAUUCACCAAAGAUUGAUUUUUACAUUUUUAUAUAUUUUUGUUUACUGUUGUAAAAUAUCUAAUGAGAAAUUGUACAAGUUAUUAUCUGCUGUAUUUGUGUGAAUCUUGGAAAGAACUGUCAUUUCACUGCUUUGAUCUCUCAUGAAGUCCCCAGCAGAGGGAAGAGUGCUGUCAGAUAGAUUACAUUACAUUGCAUUUAGCUGACGCUUUUAUCCAAAGCGACUUACAAUAAGUGCGUUCGACCAACAAAAUACAAACUUGAAGAAAACAGAAUCAUAUAAGUACAUCAGGCUUCAUAGAGCAAAAACAUUUCAAGUGCUACUCAACUGGCUUUAGAUAAGCCAGCCCUUUAUUAGUAUAUAAAUGCUUUGUUAAUAUAGAUUGAAGGGAUUCAGCUUUUCAAGCAGUAUUUCAAAAUAUGACAGCUGACGGAUUGGGAAAGAGAAACAAUAAAUGUAACAGUCUUAAAUUAUAACUCCGGACAUCUGUUUGUGCACGUGAGGCAGGGCAAGGUUCAUGACCGAUGAACUCGUAACAUUUUUGUACAUAUGGGUGCUUUGUGUUUAAUGUAAAAACACUAACAACGCAGCAAUAAUGCUAAUAAAGCAGUUUGACAAAAA